CAUUCGCAACUGUACUAUCGUUAUAUCGUACAAUCGUUUCGCGUCAUUUUUUUUCGAGAUUUUGAUUUGGCCUCUAAUGGCUCGAAUUUUGCAUGUAUUUAAGAAAAAGAAUCCUUCUUUUCAAAACUAAGAUCACAAUUCAGGCCUAAUACCGUAGUUGACCAAACGGAAAUCCGUACUUGGCGCGUGUUGGAUAGGGUAGUGUUUCAUAAUGUUCUACACUGCGAAAUGACAAAAGCAAUGGAGAUGCAACAACCCAUCGAGAACACCGAAGAAGAAGAACCUAGCAGAUGUGCUAGAAUGGGAAAUGGGAACGACGAAGAACGCGCUGCCAAGAAAACCAAGGCAAUUACGAUUCUCCGUCAAGAGGAUGGGACAUACCCGGCUUCCAUUCACGAUGUAAUUGAUGAGUACGUGACGUUUGAAUUGGCGUGGCUGAACAAAGUCUACACCGAGUUUCGAGGAGAUUUUGACGACUGGCUCGCGACGAAAGGCUUCAAAACAGAASCAAUACGCGGGGAACAAAAUAACGACGACCGACUUGCAAACAAACAAAAGCUCGUCUGGAUUCUACUAAACGAGAACGGGGAACUCUACAACCCUUGCUGCAUCGAUGGAUUUCUUCGCGAUUUCCUGGGCGUUCUCAAGAAGACGGCCCACAACAUUCUGACACAGGUGCGCGAAUACGAAGACGAUCCACACAACGAUCGUGCCUUUACCAAGGUUCGAGAUACUAAGAAGCAAAUCGAAAACAUCGUCAGGCUUUUCCCGGAAAACCUUUCGAAACGGAAAGAGCCUCUUUGGAUGGACGAGUUCGAAGAACAGGACGAGUCCAUUGGGAUGUAUCCGAUACAGAUCCAAACCAUCCAUGGAUACAGGGACCGCCGUUCGGGYCGCCGCUGCACGGGACCGGGAGCCGCCAAAUUCAUUCCGCUGCUGGCGCGGUUGGCCAUCGAGUUUGGCCAGUUCGAGGACGGCCUCCGGGGCGGCUUGCUGCUGGAAGACAAGARCAAACAGAACGUGUUGCAAAGGCUUGCCUCAACGCGCAAGGUGAAAGAAUUCAAAUCGAGCCAAUACGAAUGCAUCGACGCCAAGUACACCAAGGUGUUGACAAAAUUGAGAAGCUCGAGGCUUCUGCAUAAGGAGGACAUUGCCAAGUACAAUCUUUUGAGAAGGGUGUGCAAAUCGRMWCACCAUUUUUCUGAAAAACGAUUCGCCUUUCUGUCKGAUUGGGAUCCCGAGAGAUUGGUGCACACCGAUUGGCCCCGCGUAACACCUCUCCACAUCGUCGCGACUAMCGGGAGCGAUCGAGCCUUUCGGRUGGUGUUUGAAGCKGGAAUCCGUCAUUUUCCAUCRAAGGAAGGAAUUCUUGUCUUGUUUCAGAAGGAUUGGUGGGGGAAGACGCCCUUUGCRAGUGCCAAGAAACAGCAGGGAGACUCAGUAUCAUUCAUARARGAAAUUAUGGCUAAAUAUUCCGAUAAGUCCCGGAAUCUUUCCGAUCUGAUGCUCUCAGCAGUUUUGAACAAUUCGAUCAGCUUGGAUGGCGUAUACUUUCUCUUGMGGAGACAGCCAGACAUGCUGAAGAAGAUGCUCUCGGUAGCAGUUGUAGAAGGCGAUGAGAGUAAAUWUGAAAGUAUAAAUGAAGAAAGCAAGAGGGCGGCCCGUGCUGGUACGUGUGGUUACAAUGCGAAAGGAACCGAAAGGUGUCGUACGCACGGAAAAGUAAAGCAAAGUUCAAGAAAGAAAAGGAAGAAGAGUCACGGGGAAAUGUUGGGUCUUUGAAUGGUUGUUUCGUGGACUUUUCAUUUCGGCAUUUGUGUAAAUUCAUGUAAUAAAAAAUAUGUGUGUGU